AUGAUGCUCCUGCGAUCUAGUGGUCAAAGUAACUUUGUGAGGCAACUCGGAGUUAUAGAUAACGUAAUCAGCAUUCUUCGGUUUAUCUGCGAUACGACCUUGUUACUAUCGCUCAGUGACAGCCAUGAGACCGCUCCUCUGGUGUCUUCUGGUUCUCGUCUUCGCCGCCCCCGCUCUGGGGUGGUGCUUGUUCGGUAUCUGCAUCGGCGAGUCCGCGCCUACCCCGGAACCCGUCCAACUAGAGGUCCCCGACGCGCGGACUCAAGAGAACAUGAUAAAAGUGCCCCUGCGGGACCCCUCGGCCGGAUGUCCACCCGAUCACAGAAUGGCUGGAGGUCGCUGUCGUCCUGUGUGGUAGCUCGGUCUCGAGACAGCAUGAAGAAAGAAUAUCAUCUCCAAUAUCCAUAUCGUAGAAGAUCCUGAUGUUAGCCACUACAUGAUUCAAAAGUGCAAACUAAUGAUGUCUUUUUAACUGUUUUAUAUUCAUUAAUAAAAUGUUACAUUAUUA